UGGCCCUGAGAAUUGGCACCAGGUUCUGUCUAGCUGGGGGAGGGGCAGGUAGACGCCACAGCAGGGACUGUGUAGAAGAUGGUUCUUGCCAUGCUUGGGGUUCUGUACCCCAGGGCCGGGCUCAGUCUCUUCCUUUUUUACCUCAUCCUGGCAGGUGCACUCCUUCGACCUCAGCCCCAGAGGUCUCAGCGAUCUGUUCCUGAGGAAUUUUCAGCCCCGCUGGAACUGUUGCAGCCUCUCUCAGGCCUGGUGGAUGACUAUGGGGUCAGACCCAAGCACCCAUGGCCAAGUGGGCCCCGACCCCUUCUCUCCCAGGCCCAGCAGCGCAAGCGGGACGGGCCCAACAUGGCUGACUAUUACUAUGAUGUGAACCUGUGAUGGGAACCCCACAUAAAGCUAUUCUGGGCAGCAA